CCCGUGGCUCUUUCUGCCUUUUGUUACCCGCUUCAACAACCCGCGAGACAACUCUACCCGCGAAUAGCGUAAAUUGAUUUUCUGCUUUCAUUAGUACACGCCGGGCUCCCCGGCUGUUAACGAAAGUGCGGCUGCGAACGAGCAGGCGCGCGCGGGGCUCGGGGGAGGCGCGCUCGAGCUCCCGGCGGCGACGACUACGACGACCAGGAGGGAGGACGGAGGCGGCGCCUGAAGCAGCGGCGGAGCCCAUGCCCCGGGACGGCGGGCGGGCCCGGAGAGACAAGUCCGGGGCCCGGGACAUGUCCCCGGGGCCCCCGUGAAGAGGCGGCGGCGGCGAUGGAGACCCCGCCGCAGGAGGGGCCGCCCGGGCCGGGCGCGGACGGCGACGCCGAGGAGGCCCCCGCCGAGGCCCGGUCUCCCAGCCCUGCAUCGUCCCCCGCCGACGGGCGCCUCAAGGCUGCGGCCAAGCGCGUCACGUUCCCCUCCGACGAGGAUAUCGUGUCCGGAGCGGUGGAGCCCAAAGACCCCUGGAGACACGCCCAGAACGUGACCGUGGAUGAGGUCAUUGGUGCCUACAAGCAGGCCUGCCAGAAGCUGAACUGCAGACAGAUCCCGAAGCUCCUCCGGCAGCUCCAGGAGUUCACAGAUCUCGGGCACCGCAUCGACUGUCUGGACCUGAAAGGCGAGAAACUCGACUACAAGACCUGUGAGGCCCUGGAAGAGGUCUUCAAGAGGCUACAGUUCAAGGUCGUGGACCUGGAGCAGACAAACCUGGACGAAGAUGGCGCCUCGGCCCUCUUCGACAUGAUCGAAUACUACGAGUCGGCCACCCACCUCAACAUCUCCUUCAACAAGCACAUCGGCACCCGGGGCUGGCAGGCCGCGGCCCACAUGAUGCGCAAGACCAGCUGCCUGCAGUACCUGGAUGCCCGCAACACGCCCCUGCUGGACCACUCGGCACCGUUCGUGGCCCGCGCCCUGCGCAUCCGCAGCAGCCUCGCGGUGCUGCAUCUGGAGAACGCCAGCCUGUCGGGGCGACCGCUGAUGCUGCUCGCCACAGCGCUGAAGAUGAACGUGAAUCUGCGGGAGCUGUACUUGGCCGACAACAAGCUCAACGGCCUGCAAGACUCGGCCCAGCUGGGCAACCUCCUCAAGUUCAACUGCUCCCUGCAGAUCCUGGACCUCCGUAACAACCACGUGCUGGACUCAGGUCUGGCCUACAUCUGCGAGGGUCUCAAGGAGCAGAAGAAGGGGCUGGAGACCCUGGUGCUGUGGAACAACCAGCUCACGCACACGGGCAUGGCCUUCCUGGGCAUGACGCUGCCGCACACACAGAGCCUGGAGACGCUGAACCUGGGCCACAACCCCAUCGGGAACGAGGGCGUGCGGAACCUCAAGAACGGCCUCAUCAGCAACCGCAGCGUGCUGCGCCUGGGCCUGACCGCCACCAAGCUCACGUGCGAGGGCGCGGUGGCGGUGGCAGAGUUCAUCGCCGAGAGCCCCCGCCUCCUGAGACUGGACCUUCGGGAGAACGAGAUCAAGACGGGCGGGCUCAUGGCACUGUCGUUGGCCCUCAAGGUGAACCGCUCACUGCUGCGCCUGGACCUUGACCGUGAGCCCAAGAAGGAGGCGGUGAAGAGCUUCAUCGAGACGCAGAAGGCGCUGCUCGCCGAGAUCCAGAACGGCUGCAAGCAGAACUUCAUGCUGGCUCGGGAGCAGGAGGAGAAGGAGCAGCGGCUGCAGCUGUCGGCCUCCAUGCCCGAGAUCACCGUCACCGAGCCCCAGCCCGACGAGGAGCCCGGGGACGAGCCCGCCGCCAAGGCCCAGGAGAACGGGGCCCCGGACCCCGCUGCCGGGCCGGACUCGGACUCGGACUCAGACUCUGAGGAGGAGGAUGGGGAGAGGGCCGAGGCCCCCUGCCCCGCCCUGGUGCCCCCCUCGGACUCCCUGGGCCCUGGGGACAGGAGCCCCCCAGGCAGCCCCUCCUCCCCCACCGAGCAGCGCAUUUCUGUGUCCAGCCCGGGCCGGGGCCACAAAGUAUUUGUGGUGACCCGGGUGGAGAGUCCACCUGAGAGGGCAGAGCCCCCUGUGCCUCCCACCCCUCCCGCCUCCCCUGCCCCCCCUGCCCCUCCUCGUCCUCCCUCCCCUCCUGCCUCAGCCUCCCCUCCCGCCUCAGCCUCCCCUCCCGCCUCACCUGCCCUGCCACCAGCCGAGGCCGUCAGCACUCAGGACCCGGGGGUGUCGGAGCCUCAGUCGCAGCUGGAGCCGCCUCAGUCAGGGCCACCACUGCCCAACGGCCUAAAGCCCGAGUUUGCCCUCGCCCUGCCCCCGGAGCCGCCCCCGGGGCCCGAGGCCAAGGCGGGCAGCUGUGGCCUGGAACACGAGCUGAGCUGCUCCAAGAACGAGAAGGAGCUCGAGGAGCUGCUUCUGGAAGCCAGUCAGGACUCUGGGCAGGAGACACUGUGACACUUUAGUUCCUUUCCCCCCCUCCCGUCAGUCUUCGAUGAGCUGAGGCCAGAGCCAUGAGAAUCUGCUCACCUUCACCCCCAGCCUCCCUGAGGCCCAGGCCGCCGGGGGUGUGGGGGGCCUUGCUGGGGGCCCCCCGCCCCGCACAACAACACUACAUGGAGUGCAGGAGCUGCAGGGGGUGCCCUCCCCGCCCUGACUUAAGCACUUGUAUCUCUGUGUCCGGCAUUCGAAGGCUCUGGGCUGGGGGGAUGGGAGGAGGAGGUCUCCGAGGACAUCGGCCACCAGGCUGGACGCCUUUUCAAGAGGGCCUGUUCGGCCCGGCUUGCCCUGUGGCGGGCAGGAGUCCCGGGUGGUGGAGGGGUGGCCCCCCCGGUGGCCCCGGGCACAGGACCGGGCGGAGGGGCGGUGAGUGGCGGUGGUGGAGAUGCGGAGAGCAGCCCCAGGUGGGGUGUGGGCCGGGGCUGGGGGUGGGGGGUGGGGGAGCUGGGAGCAGAGAAUCAGAGCUUUCUUUUUCUUAAGUGCAAUAAAUCUAUCAGGGAGCUGGGGCGGGGAGCAGCCAGGGUUCUGGAGACCCUGCUGUCCAGGUCCCUUGAGGCUGCGCCCUGAGAGGCACUACAACCCCCGGGGGCGGUGUGGGUGUGGGGUACGGGUGGGCAGAGGGUGGGGGAGGGGCUCUUCCUGUCGGUGCAACUCUGUUCACACCUUUUCUAAUAAACCAGAGCUGGGUUCACCACA